UAUUUCUUAAGCCCUAGAUAAAAACCCUUGGCAGUUGCCACUCUCACAAAAGCAUCAACGAUCAGACAACUCAACAAAAAUGGCUUCCAUGAUAUUCUCCGACUGUUCAUCUUCCACAACUGCUCGUUUUCUUCCAUUUAAUUCCCAGAAACUCCGCCAUUGUUACAACGCUCUUCCUUUCUCUCGUCGGAUUCAUCUACCUCUCACCUCCUCAAUCCAAUCCUUACCUUCACUCUCUCUUCAAUCUCACGCUUCCUCGAAUUUCGUUUCAGUUUUAACUACAGCUAAAAUGGCUACUGAGAGCCUUGCAAAAGUAAUUGAUGGUAAAUCCGUGGCCAAGCAAAUUAGGGAGGAGAUAGGAGUUGAAAUAACGAGAUUGAAAGAAGCUACUGGUGUUGUUCCGGGGUUGGCUGUGAUACUUGUUGGGGAUAGGAAGGACUCUGCAACUUAUGUUCGUAAUAAGAAGAAAGCUUGUGACUCAGUGGGGAUUAAUUCUUUUGAAGUACAUUUACCUGAAAACUCAACAGAAGAGGAAGUUCUCAACUCUAUAACUAGGUUCAAUGAAGAUCCUACAGUUCAUGGAAUACUUGUUCAGUUACCUCUUCCAUCACAUAUGAAUGAGGAAAAAAUUCUAAAUGCUGUUAGAAUUGAGAAGGAUGUUGAUGGAUUUCACCCUCUAAACAUUGGCCGUCUUGCAAUGCGGGGUAGAGAUCCCUUGUUUGUUCCAUGUACACCAAAAGGAUGCAUAGAGUUAUUGCAUAGAUAUGGAAUUCAAAUAAAAGGGAAAAAAGCAGUCGUGAUAGGGCGUAGCAAUAUAGUUGGGAUGCCGGCUGCUCUUUUGCUGCAAAGAGAAGAUGCUACUGUUACAAUCGUUCAUUCUAGAACAAGCAAUCCUGAGGAUAUCAUAAAACAAGCAGAUAUUAUCAUUUCUGCGGUAGGGCAAGCAAACAUGGUUAGGGGUAGCUGGAUUAAGCCUGGUGCUGUCAUCAUCGAUGUGGGGAUAAAUCCAGUUGAGGAUCCAGAAAGUCCUCGAGGAUAUCGAUUAGUUGGGGAUGUUUGCUAUGAAGAGGUUGUCAAGGUUGCUUCAGCUGUUACCCCUGUUCCUGGAGGUGUUGGUCCAAUGACCAUCGCAAUGCUUCUUUCGAAUACUCUGAGUUCAGCAAAAAGGAUGCACAGUUUUAACUGAUAGCGUUGGUGAAAGUUAUAGAUUAGAAAGGUGGAAAACCAUCCACAUGGUAGCAUAAUUGCCACAUCACAAAUUUGCUACAAUGUAGAAUUAGUUACUGUAACAACAGAUAAAAUCCAAGAUAAACAACACAUUAGUUGAUCAUUUCGGGUACUGUUGCUCCCAUGUGUCGGGAAGGAGGAGCUUCUGUUAGGGAAAAAAAAGGGGGGGCUAACUAGCUCUCCUUGUCAACAUUUGCGGAAAACAAAUUGGCUGAAUACAAUUCCAAGCCUGUUGUGCAAGCAAAUCCAUUGCAAAUUGCAGUGCAUGAUUUUCAUGUCAAUUGUCAUCCGAGUAUUUUUCGUAAUAACAGGGUUUUAGGAUGAAUUUUGAAUUUCUUGCCUUAGCCCUCUCUAUCAUAUGUAUUGGAUGGAAUUGAGCCAAAUUGUGAAUCCAUAUGUUGUAACUUCCUAAACACUAUAUUUUGCCAAAUUUAUAAUUGCAAAUGAGAUGAUUCAUAGUUGCAGAAAGAA